AUGUUAUUAGGUCGUCUUCAAGAAUACCAGGUCAUUGGCCGCCAUCUGCCUUCCGAGGCCAACCCCACCCCUAAGCUCUACCGCAUGCGAAUCUUCGCUCCCAAUGAGGUCGUAGCCAAGUCUCGCUUCUGGUACUUCCUUACCAAGCUAAAGAAGGUCAAGAAGGCCAAUGGCGAGAUCGUCAGUCUCAACAAGAUCGCCGAGAAGAACCCUCUCCGCGUCAAGAACUUCGGCAUCUGGAUCCGAUACGACUCCCGAUCUGGUACCCACAACAUGUACAAGGAGUACCGAGAGAUGUCGCGAACCGAUGCUGUCGAGGCUCUCUACCAGGACAUGGCUGCCCGCCACCGCGCCCGAUUCCGGUCGGUUCACAUCCUCCGUGUCGUAGAGGUCGAGAAGACCGACGACAUCAAGCGACCUUACAUCAAGCAACUCGUCUCCAAGAACCUCUCUUUCCCUCUACCUCACCGUGUCCCGCGCAUCUCCAACAAGAAGGUGUUCAGCGCCACCCGACCUUCCACUUUCGCAUAA